GUUAGGUGAUGACAAAAAGUCGACUUUGAAUGGACAUACCAACUUCAUAUCCCUAUAGCAUCCCCGGAAAUUUAUCUCAUCAUAAAUACAAUGCUGCUGAAUUUUAAUUACUUAUCAAAAUCAAAAAAACAACAACAAUAAAGACCUAACUUAGUUUAGGAUUAUUUGAAUUAUCCAACUGUUCACGUUUAGACUGAAAACAGGAUUAAAUGUGUACCACUCAAUUAACUGCUAUCCCCAUACCAUCUAUUCCAUUUAAAAAUUCUGUGGUCAAUAGCUAAUCAGUUACUGGGUUAUAUGAUCAGCAGACAACAUUUAAGCAAAUUAUGUUUGUUGGAUGUUCUUAUUAAGAAAUUAACUAGAGCACUGUCAUGUUUGGCUUUGAAUGUACAAGUCUCGUUUUCCCAAAAACCCGCUGCCAUCAGACUUCUGAAGGUCGGUCGCUUUAGGUCUAAGUAACUGCUUUCUAACUUGUUGCUGCUACUCCGCUUGAUUCCCAAUAGAAUCUUCUGCUUUUUAUAGUACACGUGCACAAGUGCACCACGUAUAUGAUACACAUAUAGAUAAUAUUAUGUCUAUGGAUUAAUUGUAAUUGUCUGUACCAACUGAAGGACUGGUCUGAAACGUCCGCACGUGUAUAUGUAUCAGACAGUACGAAGAUUCUCAAAGAUAUUUUUACGAAACAAUAACAACUUUAGUAAAUAGCUUUUUAUAUUAUUGCUUUUUAACAUGUAUUAUAUAUAUAAUAUAUAUAUCUUCUGUUCCUCCCUUGGUAUGGUGUUCACUUUAAAUAUCAGAAGACAAACUAAUUUGAUGAAAGUUUAGUCUUUAACACAAUAGACUAUUGCUGGUAAACCAUUGUCCCCAUGAUUUGACGCCAUUAUUCUCCACAGUAAUACAUGUAAUAAUAAUAAACUUACAAGCUAAAUCCUAAGUUCAAUAUUGUUCGCAUCUGCUGGGAUCACUGGAUAAGUAGGCGAUAAGUAAAAGUGAGGUUGGAUGUAUGGUAUUAGAGAAUGGUGAUAAAUCAGUUGAUGAUGUUGUGAAUCUUCAUCAAUUGAGAUAGUUGGGCCACGUGUUACGUAUGCCCGACCACCGUUUACCACGGCGCGCAAUGCUGACUAGUGUUGGGGAUAGUUGCAACAAAGUUAGAGGCGGCCAAACCAAAACAUGGCAUCAGUCCAUAAAGUCACUAACUUCUGGUCUGAGUCAUGUUGGUAGAUGCAGACUACUUGGUUGGGGUCAGUGUGACUAUCAUAACCAGUGGUUAGAGACUGGGUGAAAUGGCUUAGAAUCGAUCACAAUGGCGUAAGUGUAUGCACUCUUUGUCUUCUCUUAAACCGUGAAGUUAGAAUCGCUUUAUGCCUUUCUUUCUACGAAAUAAUUCUUUGUUCUUUUAUUGUAUCCUUAUGCACCAUCUUUUUUGUAUACAUUACUACCAUUGAUGUAACUAAUAUGAAUUUGAUGUUCAUCUUGUUGUGCUAACGAGGUAUAGCAACUUGAACCGAUGUAUAUAUGUGCCUGGUCCUGCGUUGUAGCUGGCUGACUAAGUCUAAUGUUUCAGCAACAUAUCUUGCAAAUUUAAGGCUUUGUUUUCCAUACGCAUCGCUGAUAUCCAGUUCUAUAUGCAAUACGAAUUAUUCACAACAUGCUUUCUUGAAGUUUUUACCUAUGAAAUAUAUUGACAUAUUUCAAAGUCAGGCACAAUAAAAUGAGGAUCCUUCAUUCAGAAAAUCCCCACUAUAGUAGCGAAUUACCAACUAAUUUCUAACAAUUGGGGUUUUAAUUGGUCUUUGAGAAUGUAUUGAUCUUUUCGUAAUGACGUCUCAUUUCAUCUGUUCUCUCUAAUACGGCACUAUUCUUAUAACAGGAUGUGGUUAAUAAUGUAAAACCCAAUUUAAUCAGUCCUAAAUCCCUGUUUUCAUGUGUAACUUUUCUCUGCUUUGCAAGUGUUUUGUUUUUCGAAGCAUAUAACAUGCAAUUUGCAUUUUGAUCUAGGGGCUUAAUGUCUGCUGUAGUUACUAACUUUUCUCCGGUCUCCAACAAAUUUACUGUUGCUCUAUGUGUACUGAAUCAGUGGGCGCUUGACUUUAGUGGAAAUACUAGACGUGUAAUCGAAAGUAUUAAAACUGCUAAACGCUUGGGGGCUAAGUAUAGAGUUGGCCCAGAACUAGAGGUCUCAAGUUACGGAUGUGAAGAUCAUUUUCAUGAAUUGGAUACCUAUACUCAUUCAUGGCAAUGCAUUGCAAAAAUAUUGAGUGAAACAAAUGAAAAUGUUGAAAUGCAAGAUAUUGUUUGUGAUAUUGGAAUGCCAGUUUUACUGAGAGGUGUGGCUUAUAACUGCAGAAUUCUUUUGUUAAAUGGGACUAUUCUAUUGAUACGACCGAAAUUAGUCCUCGCAGAUGAAGGUUUGCACAGAGAGUCUCGUUGGUUUACGCCUUGGCCUCAUCACCAGAGAAUCAUUGACUUUGAGUUGCCCGAAAUAGUCCAGAAAGUAACCAAGAAUUCGCAGUCAGUAGCAGCUUUUGGUGAUGCUAUUUUACGAUUUUCUGGAAAUGGCUAUUCUGAAUGUGUACAGAUAGGCUUGGAAACAUGUGAAGAGCUUUGGACGGGAACACCACCUCAUAUUGAUAUGUAUGCAGCUGGUGUGGAUGCUGUGCUCAAUUCCAGUGCCAGUCACCAUGAACUGAGAAAACUAAGUAGAAGAAUAGAACUAGUGAAAUCUGCCAGCACAACGAAUGGUGGUGGAUUCUAUGCGUAUACAAAUCUUAGAGGAUGCGAUUCUGGGAGAGCUUGUUACGACGGUUGUGCAUUAGCCGCAGUUUCCGGUCAGCUAAUUUGUCUGAGCCCACAGUUUGGAUUUGGGGAUGUCUCUGUUGAAACUGUCACUGUUUGUCUGAAUUCACUGAGAUCAAAGCGAAUUGCCAGUCGUUGUUUUGGGCGUGCGGCUGCAGCUCGUGCAGCUGCGAAAUCCGAUGCAUUUGGCAUUACACACAGUUGUUAUCCAGUUGUUAAGGUUGAUUUCAAUCUUUGCCAUAUUGACCAUUGGCCUGAUCAGUCCUUACAGCCUCACGUUGAUACUCAUAUUCCCUCACCUCCAGAAGAGAUUUCUUAUGGUCCUGCAUUAUGGUUAUGGGACAAUUUACGCCGAAGCAAGUCUUCAGGAUUUUUUCUUUGCCUGAGUGGAGGUUUGGACAGUGCAGCAGUUGCGUGUAUUGUGUUCAGUCUUUGUAAUCAAAUUUUUCAAGCUAUAAGACAAGGUAAUAUGUCCGUUACGCACGAUUUACGAACUCUAUUGAAUGAGUCGGAUAAAUAUAUCCCUGAUAGUGGUCGUCAAUUAUGUUCUCGUCUACUAACAACUUGUUUUAUGUCAAGUGAGAACAGUUCUGCGCUUACAAGAUCACGUGCUAAUCGCUUAGCUAAACUUUUAGGUUCAAAUCAUUUAGAAGUAAUUAAAUUUCAAUCUCUUUUACAUUACUCCGAAAAUUGAUCCGAUAGUUUUGAAACAUCUGUCAUUUUAAUGAGCUUGUUUUUUAUGCAGUGUAUUCUGAAACAGAAAACACCAUUAUUACCUGUAGAAUUAAAUUAAAACGAAGAAAAAGUGGUGAUACAGCAAGGAUUUACAUUACAUGCCUGAGUCAAUCGGAGAACCAAUAAAAACCUGGAAGGAGUGGACAUUUUGUUUAUUUCGUACCCUCAAAAUCUUCAGGAGUGGGUAUCACAUACUUAGGAUAAAAACCAGACCCUUCAGAUCACUCUUUCAACCCGACUUUUUAAGACUAGUAAGUCGGUACCCAGUGCUUUUCACUUCCUGGAGAUCUUUGCUCCAGCUUCAUGUGAAGCUGUAUCUCUCAGUUGCUUCAAAUCAAUCUAAGCCAGUUAUUCUGGGCUGCAUCAUCACCAUCUUAAAAUUGAAAAAUUCCCACAAAUAAACUGUUUAAAUAAGAUUUAUAUCUUGUUACUGAGUGCUAUUUGCUGGUAACUGAUAACGAAGUUCGGUUAACGCAUUUGUUUUUAUUUAAAAACUCACCAACGGGGCGUAUACAUCAUCUCUUGAGUUCUAAUUCUCGUAUUCACACUUGAAUUCAAAACCCAAGGUUUUACCCACUAAGUUAUUAGUUUGUUUGAAUUAAAUGGUUUAACUAAUCACCAUCAACGUAAGUCAAUAAGGUAACCAACUAUAUUAUAUCGUCAUUAUGAUAAGCAGGUCGAUAAGUUAGUCUUUGGUAUUGAUCAGGUUUGUAUAGGUUAAAGAAUGUAAUGUAAUCACUUAGCAAAGUGAUAAAGUUCCAUUAUGCAAACCUCUUUAUUAUUAUGUAGCCUUAAAAUUGCUUAAUAUUAAAAUUUAUUUUUAAUUCUAACAUUAUGUAUAAUUCGUAGUCCGAUGUUACACCACUGGUAAAAGAAUUUGUCCAUAUGGCUUCCAAGACUUUGAAUCUUGCUCAACCACCUCGUUUCACUGUUCAUGGCGGUUCAAGUAAAGAGAGUUUAGCUCUUCAAAAUAUACAAGCUAGAAGUCGUAUGGUUUCAGCAUAUUUACUGGCUCAGUUAAUACCAUGGAAAUGGAAUUUGCCGUCAGGUCUGUUAGUUUUAAGUAGUGCAAAUCUAGAUGAAGGACUAAGAGGUUAUUUAACAAAGUAGGUUACCAUUUGUUAAACUUUCACCUAGUAAAAAUGCAGUUUGACAACUUUUCAGUGAGAAAUAUUCAUUGUUAUUUAAAUUUUUCGUAAUAACCAGUUAAUAUAAUGGUUUUCACUGCAAUAAGUUCAUGAUGAAAAUAAUUACCCGAUUAACUUUACUGAGUUCUGAUUUGGUCAAGUUUUUGGUUGUCCCAACAAAAAAACGUCCAGAUAAGACACAGGACAAGUGGCUAACUGACUUGCCAUGUAUGUGAAACAACAACUUAUUCAUUUGAUACGACACAUUAAUCGAUUAAUAUCAUUUCGCUCGAAACCUUAUUCUUGAUCGUAAGCUGCAAGUUAAACUACUAGGUAAAAAUUCUACUCGUCGUAUGAUAUUGAAAGUGAAAUUCUGUGUUACCAAGUUUAUCUGAACUUAAUAUAAAUUAGCUUUGAAACAGACCGUCGUAGUGGUUAAAGCAUUUUUUUGCUAUUAAGUUGUGCGCUUAAACCCCAAUAACAUGUACUUUUUUCUUGGCACCCGAGAAGUGUCAUUAACCUUCAAAUAACCAAUGUUGAUCGAACUACACAGGGUCAUAUCUAAUAUGAGAGGAAAAGAUUAUCUUUGUCUCCAAUUUUAAACGAAUGGUCAGUAAUUUAUUCGAUAACUUCCUAUCAUGUUUUGCAAUUAUAAAUAACAGUCCAAGGAAAUGCCGUAGAUGAAGCCAGCUACAUCUUACUAAAAUAAAUUUAUUAAUGUACUUGACUUAAAUUUGGUUAUUUUUUUACUUAUAGCUAUAUAACCUGGUGAGAAUUUACUGAAAUUAAACGCAUUUAUCGUUCAUAUAUCUUUGUUUCACUGAAGUAGAAAUCCCUUAGUUCUAUGAAGUUAUCACUUCCUUGAUGUUAUCCAAAUAAUCCAGUCAAUACUGUUGUCAUCGAUAGUUAUCCCCUCAAUACGCUUUGUUGCAACUCCAUCUUUGUAUCUUAAUCGGUCAACUUACGAGUUACUUCCACAUACAGUGGGAUGUUUUGUUACUGAGAUAUCGAAAUGAUAACUUUUAAAGGUUUAGUUAGUUUUUAAAAUUGAAAUUUACGGCACAGUAAUCACUAAGAGGUUUGUAUGUCUUAUUUUCGAAUCUAAUUGACACUUUCCGGUUCCCAGUAUUUUUUAAAGCCGAGUUUAAUUCGUGGCUAGAUGUAUAUCAUGUUGAGCAAACUCUGAUUGGUAAAAUUAGACCGAUUACAUAUGGGUUUACACUCGUAUUUCGUGAAAUCUCGAAGAACACUGGUUUCAUGAUCAUUUCGUAAGUUAUCUCUAUCACAGUCCGUCUCCUUAGGCUGUUAAAAGUAUCGACUUUUCUUAGUUAAUCAUCAGCUGAAAGAAUAGUGCGAUCAAGCGGUUUUUCGGAUUAUUUAAAAAAAUCGAAAGUAUCAUCAAGUAAUGAUAUCGACUGAAGGACUACUAAAUAUCACAAAGCGCGCAACAGCUGUUCCGUAAGAUCACCGUAAUAAAUAAUAAUUUUCCCGCUAGUCAUUAGCGUCGGUAUAGAUUUACCAGUUUCUAACUUGUAAUGAAAACGAAUUCAAUAAGGGAUUAAAAAUGGGCUACAGCGCUAAUUGACUAACAUUGGAAAUGUGGACUAUUGGAUUCGAUCCAACGGAAUGAAAGUACUGAGCUCGGUGGGAUUUGUCAAGUAAGCGACAUAUGAUAUCUCAAACUGCAUGGUAAUCAAAAGCUCCUGGAUUCGGUAACUUGAGGAAAGUAAACAUUUUGAAUGGUUUGCUUCCCUUCCUUUAUUAUGGUAAUUUCUCAAAACAAGCUCGGAAAAGUAAGUAGAGGAUCCUUCCAGUUUUUAAUAUGUACUUUUUAUGAAGCAUUAAGAUGUUAUAUUAUAUCAAGGUAGUUGGCACAACUAGUAACUGCGAUCCUUUUCUUGUGAUAAGAAAUUAUUAGACAGUAAAGCAAUUAUGUUAAGAGAAAAACCACUAUUUUACUACAUAAAGGAUUUUGCGGGUAAUUUGCUAUCUUGUGUUUUCAACUUUUUUUCUUAGGUAUGACUGUUCUAGUGCAGACUUAAAUCCUAUUGGAAGUAUCAGUAAGUUGGAUUUACGAUUGUUUAUUGCUUACUGUGCUCAAACGUUCCCAAGUUAUAUGGAUUCUGGAAGUGGAGUUGAACUUUCGGAAGUAUUGUUAGAAAUCUUAUCUGCUCACCCAACAGCUGAACUAAUGCCACUUCAAUCUAACGGUGAAAUUAGUCAGACAGAUGAAUGUGAAAUGGGAUUGACCUAUGACGAAUUAUCAUUAUUUGGUAGACUUAGAAAAAUAUCCAACUGCGGACCUUACAGUAUGUUAGAAUCAUUAUUGGACGGUAGUUGGUUACUGAUUAAGAAGGUUAUGCCUGAUAGUUGUUUUCAAAAAGAUGGGAAACCUGGUGCUGAACUUGCUCAAUAUCUUAGCGAAAAAGUGAAAUUAUUUUUUCGUUUCUAUGCUAUCAAUCGUCAUAAGGCUACUGUUUUACCACCAGCUUACCAUACUGAGGCUUAUAGUGCUGAUGAUAACCGGUUUGAUUUCCGUCCGUAUUUGUAUCCUAAUGACUGGAAUUGGCAAUUUACUUGUCUAGAUUUACUGGUAAAGAAAUGGAUAGAACAAUUCGAGUGACUCUAUUCGGAUCGUUUUAUUUAACGA